UUAACGUCGAUGAUUACUGCAAUUUACGAACAAAGAGGAACCUAGUGUUGUAUCUAACAUGUGUGAGGAUAACAUCCCCGUUGGUGCUGUCCACGUCUGGGACGAAGAGGACUCCGAGGCUGAGAGGGAGUCACGUCUUGUGUACAGGAAGGGCAUAACACAUGCGCAGGCUGUUGAAUGUUAUGCAACCUGGAGUACGAAAUAUGAGAAGGAUAUGUGUCCAGGUCGGUACAAGGGACCCAUGAUUGCAGGCAAGGCAGUUGCUGAUUACUUUGAAAGCGACAGGGAGAAGAAGAAGAUUCUAGACAUUGGUGCAGGAACUGGCUUCGUAGCUGAACAGCUGAAGUCCCAUGGGUUUGUCCACAUUGAUGCACUGGAGCCCUCCAGCAGGAUGCUACUGAGAGCCCAGAAGAAGGGCUUGUACGAGGAGUGUUAUAACGAGUAUCUGUGUCAGGUUCCCCUGGCCAUCCCCAAUGAUACAUACGACUGCGCCGUCACCAGCGGCGGCAUGGGAGAGGGACACAUUCCUUGUUCCGGAAUUCUGGAGCUGAUCCGGAUCGUAAAACCAGGCGGAAUUAUAUGCAUUGUAAUGCGUGAAGUGUACCUGAGAGAAGUGGAUGAAUACAAGGAUCGACUGGAGCCCCUCAUGGACUCCCUAGAGAAGGAGGGGAAAUGGAGAAAAGUAUCCCGAGUUAUUGUUCCCAAUUAUUUCAUAGACAUAACCGGCAUUGUAUUUCGCUACCGUGUUAUUUGACUUCAUAGUGAAUAGUUUCAUGUCCACCACAACAUGGAACUUACGCAGAUAAAGAUGUAGUAAUGUUUAAAGAAAUAUGAUCAUAGCGUGUCCAUCAAUACAGUCCUUUAUCAAGUAAAAUGUAAACAGAAAUGAGGAGAUUAAAUAAACAUUAAUUCAUUCAUCGUU